GGAGGAGGAGGGAGGGGGCAGACGGGGGAGAGAGAGAGAGUUGCAAGGAGUGAGUGGAAAAAGAAAAAGUCCGUGGAAAGAGAGGGAGAAAAGUGGAUCGGGCAUAUCUGCCUCCUCGGUUGUUUUGAUUUUGUCGGCUUCGCCUCGUGUUUCAGCGAGAAGCCUUGAAUAUGCGACUUCGCAGCGUAUAUAAAGUAACCAGGAGUUCAGCGCGGACACGGUGCUCCUCCAUCGGCACGACGCGCUCCGACAUCUGACCGUUAAAGAGCGAGUCUGUCCGGCCACAAGGCAGCGACGAGCGUCCUCCACGCUUGGGAGGAAAAACAAAACGAGAAAACUCCAAACAAACCGGGGGAGGACGAGUGAAGGGGCUGGAUUUGAGGAGGAAAAGUUUACAGAGGAGUUGUGUGUGCGAUCCUGAGCUCGUCAAGAGGAAGAAGUUAAUUUCAUCUCUCUCUCUCUUUCUAACUCGCUCUCUUUCUCAGUUAGCACGACUGCUAACGAAGCGGCUAAACUCUCCAACAUGAAGACCCCGGGCGACACGGGGUUUGCCUUCCCAGACUGGGCCUACAAGCCGGAGUCGAGUCCUGGUUCCAGACAGAUCCAGCUCUGGCACUUCAUCCUGGAGCUGCUGCGGAAGGAGGAGUACCACGAUGUCAUCGCCUGGCAGGGGGAUUACGGCGAAUUCGUCAUCAAGGACCCGGACGAGGUGGCACGACUGUGGGGCGCCCGCAAGUGCAAGCCCCAGAUGAAUUAUGACAAGCUCAGCCGAGCGCUCAGAUACUACUACAACAAAAGGAUCUUGCACAAGACCAAAGGGAAAAGAUUCACCUACAAGUUCAACUUUAACAAGCUAGUGCUGGUCAACUAUCCGUUCAUUGACAUGGGCUCUGCAGGUUCUGGUGUUCCACAAAGUGCACCGCCUGUCCCAUCUGGUGUAAGCAAUCAUUUCCGCUUCCCUCCAUCCACACCAUCUGACAUCCUCUCUCCUAGCGAGGAACUGCGCAGUCCUGGUGUCUUCAGUGCUGUGCCUCGACGCAUUGCUCGUGGCUCUGUAUCCGACUGCAGCGAUGGCACCUCCACCAACUCGGAGCUUGAGGAAACUGGCAUGGCUCCCAAUGAUGACCGCUCGGCUGACCGUGCCUUCAGAAACCUGCUCCAUUCUCGCUUGUCCCACGAUGCUCUGUUCCGUGUCUACGGUGCACCGCCAAACCCAACUGGGCUCCCCAGGAGUGGGCCCCAUGCGCCCCCACACAGGGUCCACCCUGAUCCCUUGUCUCCAUUCCCAGUGUCCCCUCUCCCAGGACCUGGAGGCUUGCUGGGUCCUGUUCUUUCUCCAGCUCUCUCCAUGACCCCUACAUCUCACAUGGCCUACACACCUUCUCCAUCCCUGUCACCCAUGCUGGGCUCUCACUUCUCGUUUAAUCCAGAAGACAUGAAGCGCUACCUGCAGGCUCACACUCAAAGUGUCUACAACUAUCAUCUGAGUCCUCGUGCAUUCUUGCACUAUCCCAACAUCGUCAUCCCCCAGCCCCAGCGCCCAGACAAGGGACUGGGAGGGCCAGCGGGUGUAGGUCCACACCUGUCCAGUCACCCUCUGCACCACCAGGCUGAGGAGCCUCAUCUUUCUCCAUUCAAGUUUAAGUUACAGCCACCACCACUGGGUCGCAAACAGAGAGAAGGGCCAAACCCGGCUGGAGCAGGACAUGCUCAAAAUUCUGGAAGCACUACUGCUUCCUUCUCUUACAGCGGGGAGCCUGGUUCAGCCUCAAACUCUGCUUCAUCCGGAAUGAUGACCAAUAACUCAACCACAGCUGGUCCACCGAAGAUCAAGGUUGAGCCUAUCUCAGACAUGGAGUCGGAGGAAGAAGUUGAGGUCACUGACAUCAGUGAGGAGGAGCAUGAAGAUGAUGAAUGUGAUGUCUUUUCCCCUCCCCACCCCAAUGGUGGUCUCGCCCCUCCACUCAACCACGAUCGCAUGACUGAUGAUGAUGAUCUUGAGGAAGACGUCUUCAAGACCCCAGCUGCCCCUACCUCAGGAGUUGGGGCAAAUCUUUUAGGUCUUAAAGUAGAACCCCGAGAGCUAAACCUGGGUCAGGGCGCUCCCAUUAGCCCCGGGGGUACACGCUGCAUCCCUCUGAAGCUACGUUUUAAACGCCGCUGGAGUGAGGACCAGCGAAUGGAGGCAGGAACCGAAGAGGCUGAGGACAAGAAGAGCAGGGCAGAGAAAGAGGAAAUUACCCAGGAUGUGGAGCCUAAACUGGGCGAGGAAAAUGGAGACCGGAAGAGUCCAGAGACUUUGGCUGCACCCCUGGGGACAGGCCAGAGGAGGGUGAGCUCUGAGCUGCAGCGAGCGACAGCACAGCUGUCUUUAGAAAACAACAUUUGCUGAAGAGAGCGUGGUCAAACACAAACUUGCCAACACAGAGCUGUCCUCCUUAAGGGCUGAAGGCAACUGUUGCUCUCAAAUGUUACGUGAAGACCAGCCAUUCAGCGAGUUCAGAUGCCCAAACCACCUUUCAAACUUCUGAACAUCCAGGUUCACUCACUUCAAAAAUUUGCAACACUAAAAAUAUUAAUACUGACAUUUUUUUUUUUUUUUAUGCAUUUUAAGUAACAGGUCCCCUUUCUCAAGUUUAGCCAGAGCCACCUGCUUACCAAACCCAAUCCUUUUUGUUUGCUGCAUUAGACUAGCAUCAUCCCACUUAUCUAAUUGAAUUAAGAUUUAGGGAUCAACCCAAUAC